GAGGCCUGGUGGCGGAAGGGGAAAGGAAGAGGCUGGAAGGGGGCGGCAGCAGCCUGCGUGAGCACCAAAGUUGGGAAGCGACGCAGGGGCUUGGCGGCGGCGGGGAGCAUCUGCUGCUGCUGCCGCCGCCCUUUCGCCCCUGGGUUGUUCCACUUCCCCGGGAGAAUCGGCUGGCUGCACAAUACAAAACAAAUGACAGAGGGAGGGAAACCGUAGCCUGACUUCCGUUUCGCCUCUUGCCGCUUUAAAACGUGUUUGCAUCAUACAAUUAAGCGUUGCUAUGUACAGUAAAAAAAGAUCUUCAUGAAACAGAGAGCGAGAGAGAGAAUGAAUUUAAUGAAGCUGAUCAAGCAAAAAGGCUGACUCGAUGUGCUGAAUGUAGUAGACUCCGGGUGGCACUUGUGAUUGCUCUUGGGCACUAUCUGCUUGUUAUCUGAAGAUGUACAUGCAGGUUGAAAACCACUCAGACUCUGUUCUUCAUUUAAAGAGAUCACCUGGUAUAAGAUCUUGGUCUAUCCUUGUAGGGAUCUCUUCGGUAGGCCUUGCUGCUGCAUACUACAGUGAAGAUAGCUUGGGAUGGAAACUCUUCUAUAUUGCUGGCUGUCUCUUUGUAGCUGUGCAAAAUCUGGAGGAGUGGGAGGAGGCUAUAUUUGAAAAGGAUGCAGGGAAAGUUUUCCUAAAGACAUUCAACCUUUACAAAAAGCUCCUAACCCUGUCGAGGGCUGGCCAGGAACAAGUGGUGGUUCCAUUGGAUGAAAUUCGGGCAGUUAAUGUGGAAGAGGAGAAAGUACGUUACUUUGGAAAGGGCUACUUAGUUGUGUUGCGGUUUGUCACUGGUUUUUCACACCCUCUGACACAGAGUGCAGUGAUGGGCUGUAGAAGUGAUGUCGAGGCUGUAGCCAAGCUCAUUACUGGUUUUAUUGAACUAGACAAGGUACCAGAUAACCAAGAUCUUGAGAACAGCAGUGAAACGGAUGGCAGUGAUACUGAUGAGACCACGAACAAGUAUGAACAUUAAGUUUGAUACACAGAAAACAAGAACUCUCUGAACACUGCAAACUGAACCACUUACCUUAUGUUCUAGAACUUCUUUGAUUUUUUUGCCUGGAUGUCUUCCACAUAUGCAAAUCUGUCUUAUUAUUAUAAUUGUUGGGAAAGAGAGAGAGGGAUCUAGGAGAGUGACUUUGUCCUCCUCCUCCAUAGUUUGAAUUGCCUUUUUAAUUGGAAUUUGUUCCUAUAUUAUUUUUAUUUCUGUUCCUUUAGUUUUUAUGUUGCCUUAUUUGUAGAUCUAUCCUUACAAGUCCUGUGAGCUCAUUAGUUACUGGCUGGUAUUUCCUGUAUUUUGAUAUUCUACAAGUUUGGUGACAGUAGUUAAACUGGAUUGCCUAUUACUGCUGUGUAACUACUGUUGUAUUAUAUUAUUUGGCUCUUGUUCAAAGGAAAGUUCCUGUGUAAUGCAGAUGUUCUAAUGAAGGAUUUCUUUAAAAGAACUUUAAAAAACCCCACAACUUAUAACAAUGGAAAAUUAUUUUUCCUUGUCAAGCAUGUAGGUAUGUGUCCAGUCUGUUCAUACUAUUUUUUAAUUUUAUUUUGAAAGGGAAGGCAGGCAUUUCAAAGUAGCAUAGCCAGUAAGUUGUAUUAACUUGAAGAGCUGUUACUUUAAGAUCUGUCAUUGCUCCUCAGGUUUAAAUACACAUACACACACACACACACACACCCCUCACAUUAUAAAAGUUUCUAAGUGUCCUGAUCUUUCAUGCAUAUUUUGUUGUCCUAAUUGUAGUAGAUGUGUUAUAAAAGCAACUCUAAUAUGUCAGUUGCUUUUUACUUUGAUCACUCCUACCUUAACACACUUAAGUGUUUUUAAUGUGUCAAUUGCGGACAUCAACUGUGUGUUUUAGGGUGAUAUUUACUUGCUUUUACAACUUUUGUAACCAUUUUGUUACAGUGUAAAUCACACUGCAGCUUUUGGUAUUCAGUAUUAAGAUUUCUGGUGAAAUUCAAGAACUUUGUAGUAGAACAUUCUCCUUUAUUUCAUGUUGACCUUUAACUAUAAAAUAUAUGUAUUUUUUAAAAAGCUGAUUAGGAAAGGUUUUGGAAAAGCUGGAGGAGGCCAUCCUAUAGGUAUUUAUGUAUUUCAAGUAACGUAUAACGAAUGAAAAUAAUUGCAAGAAAAUAAUACAACCUUAAAUGCACAAUUCUGCUUUUCAUAUGAAACAUAAUUGUCAACUUUCUAUAGGAACUUGUAAGCACAAGCUAAACUAGGCAGCUAAAAGUUCCUUUGUAAUUGUAAUUCACCAUUAUAAAGGAUUGAAAUUCCUUCCAUCUAGACCAAGUUAUAAUUAGCAGAUUAAUAGUAGAUGCUUACUGUCAAACAUCGAGACUCAAGCCUUGUGGAGCUUCAGCCGUACCAUUCAGACUGUGGCUGUGGGCCUUUUUCUUCAGCUCCAUCUGCUGAGAGUGCUGCACUUGGCUCUGUUUGUAUGGGAACCUGGUGCUCAUCACGCUAAGGUUCAACUAUUGCUAGGUACUCUGUGGGGCUGUCCUUGUUUGAAUGUUCCUUCUGGUACACAAAGCUAUUAAUCCAGCUCUUAAUGGGGCUGGAUAGUUGGAAGUAUAUUACCUCAGUGCUCAAGUGCCUGCAUUGGCUCCUCACUGUCUUCUAGGUACACAUCAAAGUGACACAUUUGACCUAGAACAAUUUAGGUCCAACCUAACUAUGAGACUGCCUCCACCCCAUGCCCCAUCUUAAUUUUAGAGAUAAUCUUGAGGCUCUGCUUAUGCUAUUAUCUUUGUGCCAGGCUAAAGAAGUUACUUCAAGGGCAGGUCCCUUGGUUACAAAACUUUGUCUUUGUAGACAUGCCAAAGUCUGAGCAUAUUUUAGAAGUGUUGCAGAAACUAUUUGAGUUAAACUAAAAAGGGGAUGAGGAUUUUGUAAAGGAUUUUUUACUCUUGAAAUGGUUUCCUGCCCCAGGUCUUAAGAAUGAGGCAACUAUAAGAAGUUUACUUUUUAAGGAAACCCAAAGUUUAAGUUAUAGUCAAAGUAUAAAACUUUGGGCUGCAAACCAGUCUCAACCACAGAUUGAUCUAUUUACAGGGACUACUUGUACAAAAAUCCCACCUGGGUGCAGCUUUAAAAUAUCUACUUGUCAGGGAUGCUUUUAGAAGAAGCAAAAUUAUAAGUGUUUGCAGGUAUUGCAUGGCAUGAAGGUCUGUCACUGGUAAUUUGCCAAGACUUAUUAAACAUUGCAUCUUCAUGCUAUUCCUAAAUCUUAACUUCCAGAAGCAGCUAGUGAACUUUAGACCAUGAGAUGUGCUCAAUGGUAGUCUUUUAGUACUGACUUAACUUGAGUUUUUGAACAUAUAAGCAAUUCUAUUUAAAUUUCAAAAGGACCAUUUAUUUAUUGGAGGUCCAUCAUACAGAGCUUUUCUACCUUAGGCACAUAACUGUAGAAUUAUCGUCUACAUUUGACAUUCCAGAGGGAAUAGAGUACUCUGCCAUGUUGCAUUUUUAAAAACCACUUAAUGGCUGUCCUGACCUGUGUUUAAUAUUCUGGCUUGCAAAGUACAGUACACUGGUGGUCCUCCUGAAUUGCAAGCUUUGUUAAUUUAAUCAAAGUUUUGAUUAGUCAAGAGUUUUGUUGCAUAUUGGGAUGUGUGUCUGCGGGCAAUUAAGAAUUUAGUAGUGUUCCUUUCUGAAGUGUGUUUGAACUCUGAAAUAGUCCCUUGGAAACAAAGAGUUGUUUUUGUCUAGUUUGAAUGUAUGUAUUAGUUUUUGUCUAGUUUCAAUUGUUAGUUUUGUGUAGGCAGGAGCUAGGACCUGUCCUGCUGUGAUUUCAGUAGAGUUCCCACCUUUACCUGCGUGUCUGUGGAAUAAUUAGUUUUGGAGGGCUAAUUGCUGAAGCAGAGAUUAAAGAGCAUAUGUGUCUGUUUCUUUAAAAAGCUAUUUUGGCUCUAGUGUGUAAUAGGAAUUAUAAAGGGAAAAAUAAAGGUAUUUCUAACAAUGAA